GACCAGGGAAAUGAGAAGCUCUCGAAUGUGGAAGUGCAGAUCGCUACCCGAGCGCACACACCUUUUCUCUCAAUCGAUUUAAUUUUGUAUUAUUAUUUUUUUAAAAUAAAAACUGUACAUACUGCGUUUUUGUUUUGUUUUUUGUUUGUUUAGGUUUUUCUAUUUAAUUAUUAUUAUUUUUUUAAAACACACGCCAAGAUGCAAGCCAUUAAAUGCGUCGUGGUAGGAGACGGAGCUGUGGGGAAAACCUGUCUGCUGAUCAGUUAUACAACCAAUGCCUUCCCAGGGGAGUACAUCCCUACUGUGUUUGAUAAUUACUCUGCCAAUGUGAUGGUGGACAGCAAGCCGGUGAAUCUGGGGCUCUGGGAUACAGCCGGGCAGGAGGACUACGACAGGUUACGGCCUCUCUCGUACCCGCAGACGGAUGUCUUCCUCAUCUGCUUCUCGCUGGUCAGCCCCGCCUCGUACGAGAACGUCCGAGCCAAGUGGUAUCCGGAGGUAAGGCACCACUGUCCCAGCACUCCCAUCAUACUCGUGGGCACCAAACUGGAUCUGAGAGACGAGAAAGAGACCAUCGAAAAACUGAAGGAGAAAAAGACAGCACCCAUUACCUAUCCACAGGGCCUGGCCCUGGCAAAGGAGAUAGACGCUGUGAAGUACCUGGAGUGCUCCGCUCUGACACAGAGAGGUCUGAAGACCGUUUUUGAUGAAGCGAUCAGAGCCGUACUCUGCCCCCAGCCAACCAAAGUGAAGAAGAGAGGCUGCCAGUUACUCUGAGGAUGGGAAUCCGCUGUGUGUGUCUCAGGAAACGAUCCGGCUCAUGAGAACAGCAAUCAGCACAGUUCUUUAAUGCUUCAUAUAGACAGAUAGGUAGUUUCUGAUUCCCCUCCCCCCACUGACCCUGAUUGGCCCAGAUCUACACCCGCGGUAUUUCUGUUAAAAUGAGCUUCCGAUAAUAGAGGAGGUAGACAAGGGCAAGCGAAGAAGCCACUGUCUGUUCGUUUGUCAAUUUGUUAUUCAAUUAAAACUCCAGCUUCCAACGAGAGAAGCUGAAUCACCCCAGCAAUUAACAUGAUGAAGAUGAUGAUGUCACUGAUGAUGAUGGUGAUCAUGAUGAUGUCACUGAAGUAUCUCUCUCCUUCUCUCCCUUUCCUUACUUGCUCUCUCCCCUCUCCCUCUCCCCCUGCUCUCUCUCUCUCUCUCUCUCUCUCUCUCUCUCUCUCUCUCUCUCUCUCUGAAUAUCUAAUAAAAUUAAGAAUCAGCUAAUCAUUUUUGGCCAAACUAUAUCAUAUGCUGAACCAAGGUAUGAUUUGAAUGGUCAGUGUGUUAAUAUAUGUUCAGAAACUGCAGAGAAACACAUUCAUGUUUUAAAAUCAUUUUCUUGUAAUAAAUAAAUAAAUAAAUAAUUAACA